CCGGGCAGCGAUGGCACAGCGUGGCCGGCCGGUGCCGCCGCCGCCUUCGGAUGCCCUCUGUGCCGGGGUUGUCACUGGCAACGGGAGGCGCGGAGCUGCUCCCUGCGGCAACGGCGCGAGGCGGCUCCGGCGACCCGGCGAUCAUGGGCAGAUGCAACGGACGCUGCACGCUGGUCGGCUUCUGCUCCCUACAGCUGGUUGCAGCCCUGGAGAGACAGAUAUUUGACUUCCUGGGUUAUCAGUGGUUGCCAAUCCUGGCCAAUUUUUUACACAUUAUGGCCGUUAUCCUGGGUGUCUUUGGCACCCUUCAGUACAGAUCCAGAUACCUCAUGCUGUACGCUGUGUGGCUCAUCCUCUGGGUUGGCUGGAAUGCAUUCAUCAUCUGUUUCUACCUGGAAGUCGGGCACCUUUCACAG